AUGAGCAGUGUUGGAUUAACCCACAACGUGUCCAUUGUAGGGUCGGGCGAGACCACCGUAGUCCUCAGCCAUGGUUACGGCACCGACCAAUCCGUGUGGAAGCUCCUCGUCCCGCACUUGGUGGACGACUACAAAGUCCUCCUCUACGACAAUAUGGGCGCGGGGACCACCAAUCCCGACCACUUCGAUUUCGAGCGUUAUUCCAGCUUGGAAGGCUAUUCCUACGACCUCAUCGCCAUUCUGGACGAGUUCCACGUCAGUAAGUGCAUUUUCGUGGGCCACUCCAUGUCGGCCAUGGCCGCUGCCGUGGCAUCUAUUUCCAGGCCGGACUUGUUUCACAAGCUCGUCAUGAUUUCGCCAUCCCCGAGGUUAGCGAACACAGAAGACUAUCACGGUGGACUAGAGCAGAAGGAGAUAGAUGAGGUGGUGGGGUCGAUGGAGGAGAACUACAAGUCGAUGGCGUUGGGAUCUGCGCCGCUUAUAUUGGCUUGUGCCCUGGAAUCGGCGGCCGUGCAGGAGUACUGUAGGACCCUGUUCAACAUGAGGCCCGAUAUUUC